CAUCGCCGUAUCGAUUGGGGGAUUUUAUUUUGUUUGAGUAAUAAAAUAUAAAGAGAAUUAGGCGAAAAGCCCAUAUUCUGAUUCAGAGAGAUUUUACCGCACGCCGCCGCCUCUACACUGCUGCGCCACACUCGGCAUGGAUGAGGAAGGUCCAGUUGUUAAUGUGAACCAGAGUAAUGAGGAGAGAAUCAGGCAGAAGAUAAAGAAUAAGAAAAAAAGUGCCAAAAGCGAAGUAGAGGGUUAUACUGUUGAUACUGUGAAAGCAGCUCCAACAUCUGGGAAUCAAUGUAUUGCUGAACUGAACAAGGAUCAUAAAGGGGGCAAAGAAAAGAAGAAGACGAAGAAAAAUAAGGGAGCAGAAGAUGCUAAGGCUGAGAUGAAGAGUGGUUCUAGAAAAAGUGAAUUAAAUGUAGUAUCUGGUGAGAAUGGUGGUGGAUUAAUGAUUGAUAAAGCUAAAAGGGAUGGGGAGAGUUCCAGUGGAUUAGCACUGGAUAAUGCUGAAAGGAAGAGAAAGCGAAGAGAGAAGAAGGACAAGAAUGAGAUUGUUGAGACACAUGAUACUGGCGAAGUAAAGAGGGAUGCGGGUAUCAAUUUGCAAGAGGGAGAAAAUGUAUCUGGAAAAGUGAGUGGCAAAGAAGUUAUGAAAGAGAAGAAGAAACAGAAAGUGAAAAGUAAUGACAGUAAGGUGGGAGAGAGAGAUGGAGAAGUUAUCCGAGGGGACAGUGAGAAUUGCAUGGUCAAUGCCACAGAGAUUAGGAAGGAAAAGAAGGGCAAGAAAAGGAAGAAGGAUGACUGUUUUGUCAUGUCAAGAGACACUCAUACUGACAAUAAAUCUGGUGAAGUUGGUUUAUGUUCAAAACAGCGGGAAAAUGUGUUGUAUGAUGUUGAAGAUCAUACUCAAUCAAUAAAUGAAGAUGUUGAUACCAAGAAUAAUCAUGAAAGGAAGGAAAAAAAGAAGCACAAAAAGAAAGAGUACUACAAAGACGAUCUGCCUCCCGCUCAGCAAGAACAUGUAGAUGGUGACACCAAUAGUCUUCUGAAUACAAUAGAAACACAAAAUAAAGAAGCAGAGCUUACCAACAAAAGGAAGAAAAAGAAGUCCAAACUUUCCAAAAAUGGUUGUACUUAUGAACGAGACAAUGAAGCUGAAUAUGCAAAGAAAGGGAAAAAGAGAAAGUCCAGUUUGGUGGUGAAAGGUUCAGAUGAUACUUCACCUAGCAAAAGUAAUAAGAAAGUGAGAUUUUCUGAUCAAGAUGAGGUAUUUCCUCUCCCUCCUAAAUCAAAUACUGAGGAGGAGGAUGGAAAGAAGGACAAUCUGGUAAGAGCCAAGCGGUUCACACCUGAAGAAGAUGAGAUUGUGAAAGGUUCUGUUAUGAAGUACAUAGAGGAUCACGAGUUAGGUGAUGAAGGUGUGAAAAUGAUCUUAAACUCUAGCAAGCACCCUGAACUGAAAGGCUGCUGGAAAGAAAUAGCGUCUUCCAUUCCAUACAGACCAUAUAAUGCUAUUUAUUAUCGUGCUCGGAUUUUAUUUAUGAGGUCUGAGAGCCGGAAAUGGACUCCAGAAGAGUAUGACAUGGUUUUGAAAUACCAGGAAGAGCAUGGUAACAAGUGGAGGGCCUUGGCAGAUGAACUUGGUAAACAUACAUGGCAUGUGAAGGAUACUUGGCGCAGGAUAAAGUUACGUGACAGGAAGAAAGGAAAUUGGUCACAAGAAGAGUAUCAGGGAUUAUUUGAUCUGGUGAAUACUGAUCUGCAAUUGAAACUUUCUGAAGAGAAGAGGUCCAAGCAUGGAAUGUUGCGGGACAAUAUUGCUUGGACUGCAAUUAGUGAUGAGUUAUCCACUCGAACACAAGCAGCUUGCUGUUUAAAGUGGUACAAUCAAUUAACAUCACCUAUGGUAGCUCAAGGUGUAUGGGCUGAUUCAGAUGACUAUCGUCUGCUAAGUGCACUUUAUAGCCUGGAUGCAACUUGCAUGGAAGAUGUCGGAUGGGAUGAUCUUAUUGAUACCAGAGAUGGAGAUUUAUGUCGAAAGCGUUGGAACCAGAUGGUUCUACAUGUAGGUCACAUUGGAAAUAAAUCAUUUGCUGAACAAGUUGAAGUAUUGGCUCAAAGAUACUGCCCGCAUCUUCUUGAAGCAAGAGAAACCUGGGAUAGCAAACCACGGGUUCCCUGAUCUGCCCUUCUGUAGCUGUGGAGUUUGAAGCUUGAUGUCAUGAAGAAAAUCCCUCUGAAGGUUUUUGUCUUUCCAUUUCUCUCUAGUCUCAAUGGUUCUUGUAUGCUUGUCUGUCAUCUUUUUGUUUCAGCCUUGGAAAAUCCUACAAGCAAUGACAUAUGGAGAAUUUUUCGCCUGCAUUUAAAUUCUGUUUGUUGUCUAAGAUCAUGUCUUUGCCUAUAGAAAUUCAACUUUCAGUGGAUUUGGGUAUAUGUUAUAAUCUUUAUCUUUUUAGGUGAACCAGUAUUUUGAUGAGUUCGUUAGGUUAGUAGUUUGUAAUUGGGGACCCUGCUUAUUCAAAUUUCUAUUUUCUGGUGAAACUGUAUUUUGAGUUACAUUUGUUGGUAAAAUUUUAUUGAUGUUUACUGUAAGGAAAUUGGAGGAAUGUUUUCACA